AGUGAGCUCAGGCGCACAGGAAAUCCCGCCCGCGCCGCGGCCUGUGUUUGCGCUGCGGGCAGAGAAAGGAGCCGAGCCCCGCAGCGGCCCAGCCGAGCAGCCGCCCGCCCCGUGCCCAGCCAUGUCGGACCAGGAAGCAAAGCCUUCAGCUGAGGACUUAGGAGAUAAGAAAGAGGGGGAAUACAUUAAACUCAAAGUCAUUGGGCAGGACAGCAGUGAAAUUCACUUCAAGGUGAAAAUGACAACACACCUCAAGAAACUCAAAGAAUCAUACUGUCAAAGACAGGGUGUUCCAAUGAACUCACUCAGGUUUCUCUUCGAGGGUCAGAGGAUUACUGAUAAUCAUACCCCCAAGGAGCUGGGGAUGGAGGAGGAAGAUGUGAUUGAAGUUUAUCAGGAACAGACGGGGGGUCACUCAACAGUUUAGAUCCUUCUGUUUGUUUUAUUUCCCCUUAAUCCUUUUUUAUUUUUAAAUAAUAGUUCUUUUGUAAUGUGGUGUUCAACACUGAAUUGAAACUGGCACCCCAUCUCUGGGAGUUUAUUUUCGAGCGUCUGGUAUUUUAAAUUCUCGUGCUCAUUAUACACUAUUGUUUCUGUUUUCAUUGUGCUGAACUUCUGUGAUCCAGCUGCAGCCCUGCUCUCCUUUUCCCUUCCGCCCUCCCCUUUAGAAAUACAUAUACACACAUGCAUUUGUAUGUUCACUAAGUUCGUGCAUUUCAGGCACGAAGGUUGUAAGAUCUGCCAGGUGGGCGAGUGUUCUUAAUGACUUCCAUAUCUGCCCUGAAGUUUUGAUGUGUGACUGUUUCACUCCUGGACUAUAACUUUCAGUGCGAGAUGAAGUUUUUCAGAACUAAACUGUGGAGAAAUCAUGUAUCCGUAACUCAGAGCUAUUUUACUUAAAUUGUGCUGAUGGCCCGACGAAGAAGACCAGAGUUGGAAACGAAAAAAUCUAGAACCGUUGUCAUCUGUACCUUGCUCCAGAGAUGGCUUUGCUGAAGACAUAGAAUUGAAAACCCUAAUGAUUCUUAAAUCUUGCCAGAAGAGCCCAGAAGCAUUUUAACUUCAUAUAGCAAUUAGUACACGCAGGUAUUCAUGCAAGAAUGUUCACAGCAGGCAACUGGUGUUACUUUGACACUCUUGUUUGUACCUUUUGGCCUGGGACAUGGGUUUUGAAUGGACAUUGUCUGUACCAGCUUCAUUUAAAAUAAACAAGAAAAACGAUUUUAUAAACAAUUUGCAUUUUCUUUUCAAAUGUCUGGAAAUGAACAAAAAUGUGAAGGAAGAUAGUUGGGGCUUUCCUUUCUAGUACCACUACAUAAAAGGCAGAAAAAAAGUUGUGGUCUGUAAACAUACCUCCUAUAAAAGCAUUUACUUUUUUCUACUUGCAUAAGCAAUAUAAGCAAUAUACUUACUGGAUUGGGUAGCAGGUGACUCUUUAAGACUACUAGCUGUUUCUUGUUCUGUUAGGGAAUGUUCACAUAGUUACAUACUGCUUCACUUCAUGCACAAAAGUUACACUGAAAAUGCAACUUGGAAGAAAAUACAGAGGUUUAAUGUCUACAUUUCAAAUGAUUAUGAUACUAAUGAGUAAUCUCUCUAUGAUGGAUGACAUGGAAAUAUCAAGCUGCCUCAGCACACUUGAGGGUCAUUUUCAUGUUGUAGCUGGUUGCAGGUUCCGAAUAAUCUGAGAAAAUUUGAUUGGGUGUGAAAGCUCUGAUGGAAUGUUAUAAGCAGGGCAGGGUGGAGAAGGUUUCUGCAUUGCCCCUGCUUCAGCUUUUCAGCAGGUGGGUAGGACUUUGUUCCUGGCUUGGUUUUGUAAAUCAAGUUCAUUUAUGAAUGAGAAGUUAAUUUAAAAGCAUUUUAAUGCGGGUGUACUUGGAAGAAAUUGGAAAUGAGCUGUCCAUGAUCGGUUUUUAUAGCUCUGGCUGUAAAGCUUUACAGGAACUUUUAUGCUUGUGGUUUGUCUAAUUAUUAUUUUUUAUUUGCUGAUACUUCUACUAAUGCAUUGUGGAUCUGAAAUUCUUUAAAAGACUAAAACUUCUGAUUAAUAAAUAUUAGAAUGUGGGACUUCAA